AUGACGACUGAACUCUUAUCUCCGGGCAACACCGACUCCGUCCUCGAUCUUGAAAAGGAAACUGUGGACAUCGACCCAGAUACAACUAGGCACAACCUUUCUGUAUCGACUCUGACCUUUGCCCGUGGAAUCAAUGGUGAAUGCAUCCUCCUCAACCAACCGCGGAUUCGCAGCAUUCCGCCUCUUGCCAUCGGCUUUCUAGACUUGGCCAACUCGGGCGACUUUGCCGCCAACGUCUUCAAUCGAGUCCCAGUCCCCGUCUACGCCGUCGUUCUCAUGGCCGUCGGAGCUACGGUCGCCCUCAUCAUGUUCAUAGUCGCUCUCCGCGACGCCAAAUGCAGUUGGAUGAACAUCAGACUGUUGAGAGAAGAAAGGACGCUUCUCAUUAGCAUGAAUGAUGAUAGGUCAGCCGAGCUCGAAAUCAACCAUCGAGAUCUGGGGACUGAGAUCUUCGACCGUGCUGGUGUAGACAUUGCCAUGGGUAUCGGAGCAUUUCUCAUUUCGGUCGGCACUUACAUGGCUAUUGGAGGUGCUAACCGCAAGGUUUGGUUUGCGAGUAACUUGUUGUCCGGCUAUGUCGGCAAUGCUCUGCCUGCUGUGUACGGUGUUUGCAAUGUCGGCUGGUCUGUUUAUGUCUGGCUCCGCGCACGCAAACAGGUAUCCGCCGUGUCAAAGUAUCUUCAUGACGAUGUUGCGGGCCUACUUCUCUCAGUCCGCAUACGCAAAAUUCAAGGACAUGCCAUCCUUACCGCCAUCGUCUGCCUCGUCUCAGGUGCGCUGUCCAUGGUCACUCCAAAUUACUGGUGGCCAUAUCCUGUUCUCCUUGUUUGCGGCCUGGCGUUUCUUUACAGCACUUGGGUGUACAGGACACAAAUUGGGUACCAACGGCUGUUGCUCUCCAAGGAGGUUAUUCUGGACGAAACAUACUUAAUUACAGAGAUUUUAUUCCUUCAGUCAGUUCAGACCACAUUGCGAGACAGUCCCGACAGCUGGACGGCACUUCGACUGGGAGAUAUGUCAAUGCCAGAUCUACUGCACUUCCUUAUCAGAUGCGAUCUCUUUGAGCGCCUUUGCUGCCAAUUACUCAAUGAGUCGUCUCUCAUCAAGCAACACUUUCGCAGUUCGGCAACAUCAACAACAACAACACUCCACCAGCGAACCUUGUUACAGCUGGACGAUCCUGAAAAGAUCACUGAGAUCUUUAGUCUGGCCCAACUUUGUUUCGAGCAGCAUGGGCUCAGAACCGUCAGGAAUCGUAAACGCUAUCUGCUGGAGUGUUUGGGCGCUUGCUUACUGCACCGCAAGGGGGCGNACAAGGAUGGAUGA